AUGGACGUAGAUCUAAAACAGAAGCUGAGUUUGAAUGUUGCCUGCAACCGAAAAGGGAUAGGGAGCAUGAGUGAGGUUGGGAUUGCAAGAAAGGGGAUUAACUGUCUCGCCGUUCCAGUUUGUCAAUCGUGCAAACAAGAGGUACUACUGCUGGGUAAUGAGGUUGCAUUCAAUAAGGCUAUAAUAGAGGAGAGGGAGAAGGGAAUUAAUGAUAUACAACAAGAAAUUGGACAAGCAAAUGAGAUAUUUCGAGACCUUGCUGUUCUAGUUCAUGAGCAAGGAGUGGUAAUAGAUGACAUUCAAUCAAACAUUGAAGCUUCAUCUGUUGCAACAACGCAAGCUAAAAUGCAACUUUCAAAGGCUCACAAGAAUGCCAAAUCUAGAUCAUCAUGGGUAAGUGUUAAAUGUAAUAUAGUAUCUUGUACUGGAUCGCCUUAUUUCUGAGCAAGUUCGCUCUCUGGACUGUAAGAUGCUGUUAUAUACUUGCUGAUAACUACAAGAUUGUUGUGAUAAGUAAGAAUAGGUGAAAAGAGUGUGGAAUAGAAAGUCAGCAUUAGCAAUGCUUGCUUACACCAUGUAUACAC